AUCAGAGCGUGUAUGAUCAAUCUCGUUGAGAUAAAGAUAAAUUAAUAAGAAAUUAUUAAGAAGGAGAACACGUUUGUGUUUUAGUAGGCGUCCAAACACAACGGUGGUUAACCAUUGAUGUACCAAAACAAACGCAAUCGUAGGACCAUUUACAUAGUCAUUCCUCAGGGGUUUACCCUACAGGGUGAGCAAGCAAGGAAACUGAAGAGGCGGACAGGAGUGAUCAUCAGUACUUUUGCUUAUUUUCGCAAGUAUUACAAUUCUCAGAUCAUUCCUAAGUAUCUUCACAAGGCACAUAUGUGGGCACGCAGUAAAGCCCUAGAAAAUAUAGAAAGAGGGGUGGAUCCAGUCAUCAUCAACAACUCCAACAUGCCCCGUUGGCACAUGUAUCCAUACGCCCGAAUGGCUUUUCGACGUGAGUACUGGGUUAAAUUCAUCGAAAUGAAAGAUACCUGGAAUGUUUCUCUUGAGGAAUUGGAAAGGAGAGGUGGCGGUACAAUUCCACUACCAAUACUGGAAGACAUGAAGGAGUCAUAUGAGCCAGUACGACAUGUCUAUGACGUCCUGAAUGACAAGUAUUCUCGUAGGAAGUGGAUUGGUAGUAAGGAAAUGACAUCUAAUGACUGGUGACCCUGCAGAGGGAAAAAUCUAUAUUCCACUUCCUUCAUGGGGGUGAAUUAUUAUGGUAUGAAAAGGAAUGAUAUCAUGCAUCAUUCAUAAAGAAAUAAACUGUGACUUUUUUGACAA